AAGAAUAAUAAUCAUCUACGACUUACCAGGCUGCAUGGUCUACGACCUUUGCCUUUCCUGAAAGGGAUAAAAUCAACAUCAUCAAAGAGUAUGUAAUCACUACUGGCGUUUGUUUUGGUUCCUUCCUGGUUCCUUGCCUUGAGUUUUGGGAUUGGGAUGGUUUUGGGCUAUGAAUUUAAAAUUUAAAAUUUAAAUAAAGAAGAUUGAAGUGUACCUAAUGUUACAUUAAACACGUUUAUCCAAAGAACAUACAAACGCAUAUCAAAGAUGUCUGUUAUAGCGCUUGCCGGUGUUCCUAGGAGUAUUACUAAUUCUAAUGUUGGUGUUUUAUUAAAACAUAUGAAAUCAUCAAUCAAGGGUGAUUAUGAGUUCAUGAACUUCAUAAUCAAAGGAAAAGAAAAAACUGCCUUUCUACGCCUGUCGGAGAAGUUGGACCCACAAGAGGUGGUGGAGAAUAUUAACUCCAGGAAACGAAUUAUAUAUGCUUAUAUACCAGAGGAUAUUCCAGAUUUUCCAUACAAAAAGAGGCAGAGGAUGUCAGUAUCUACGAUAGUAGUGUCGUCAGUAUAUGAGAUCAUGGAAGAGAUGCAGUCGAAGUUUGCUGGACUGCACGACCUCAGUGCAAGCACUGCACAUAAACUGCUAAACGAGAUUGCCAAGACUGUAUUCAAGCGCUUGCAGAAGAUCUUAGAUCAAAAAGAGGGGUCUAACAUGGAGCCUAUCAUAAAACUUACUAGGUUGUAUCGUAAGAAAUACCCCCACUUUACAGACUUUCAGUUGAUACUGUCCAUUCUAUGCAGUAUACAGGACGCGGAAGGAAAGCCCAGAUACUCAAUACAAGAGAGUGACUUAACUUCAUACAAGAUACAGUCUUAUGUUGUCGACAACAUACCAUUCGAUAUGGUGCAAAAUGCGUACACCAAGUAUUUGGACAAGAUAACUCUCACGGUAACGGAUCACAUCAAAAACUUGGAAAUGACACCUAGAAAUACUUCCCCUGAAGAAAUCGCUCGAAUCAAGAUUCGUGAACAAUUGCAGACACUGUUGCCUUAUUUACCUGUGUGCAUGAGACAUGCGACGUACAAUUAUUUUAUACCGCAAGAGUCGAAUUUCUACAAAGUACACAUUUACGGCGAACCGGCGCUGCCCAGCCAGGAGGCGCUCAGCGGGUUCCUCAAGCGCCACAAGGUGAUGUCCACCAAGCGCUCCGACCGCAUGUACAACAAGGUCUAUUUAGAGGUGCCCAAGAGCCAAUACAUGAUACUGCUAGAUGCUGACGGCACGUACAUUGGGAGCUGCAAAUUGGUGAUAAGACCUUCAAACUUGCCGAUAUACAAAUUGCCGCGCAUUAUAGUGAAAGAAAUGCAAAGAAAAUUCCUAACAGCUGGUCCAGUUUGAGUACCGUACUUUUAUGCCUGACCAAUAACAUCGUUUAUUCAAGUAAUAGUACAUGGUCUAAAAGGGACUUCGUCUGUGGUGGCGUUUGCUGGCGCGCGUGUUGUGCCUUUUUGGAGUGUUUUUUUUUUUUGUUAGAAGUGGCUGGUUUUUGUGUUUUGCUGGUGUUAAUUGGUGGUGGAACUUACUGGGAAGCGCUAUAAAGGGGCGCCGCGCGUAUGUCGGUGGGCGCCGGCACAGACGAAGUCCAUACUUAUACAUAUAGUUUCCCUAACUUGUAAAUAACUACAAACUUGACAUUGGCUAAUUAGUGUAAAGCCAGACGAGAGAGAAAAAAAAAAUGGUCUAGCACAUACUCUAUUACUUCUGUGGCUGAAACUAUAUGUUUUGCUCUAAACUGGCCGAAGCGGAAACCAAAUCUUCAAUGAAUGAAGAAUGAUUGAUUUUUAUUAAAUAAAGUGUAGGUACAAUAAUAAUUUAUAAUAUGUUUAAAUAAUGUCUGAUGAGCCUUAUAUAUUUUACCACUGUAACUGGUGUUUGAAUUAGUACCUCAAAUUAAAUUACAUAAAACGUCAAGAUUAAAAUUUAAAGUAAAGUAUAAAAUAAUAGUAAAAUAAAGAUAUACAAUGUCAACACGAUUGUUGUUGUAACAUGUUGUUCCUUGUAUUAUAAAGUUUCAACUAAAUCGAAACAAACGAUGCGCGAUUUGCAAAGGUAAAGCCGAAAG